CCAGACUUCAGACUUCCCUUCUUCUUCUUCUUCUUCUUCUUCUGCCCCCCAGAAAUACCCCUCAGCUUUCACUGCUUACCAUGAAUUUCUGAUCUUUGUUCUCAUACAGCUGCCGACUUCUGUUUCCUUCUUCUCAUACCCGUUUUCCCCGAAGAAAAGGAGAACAAAAAAUUGGUGAAAAUGGGUGUUGAUCCUCCAUCCUCAUCUCCAGUGACAAUUACAGUCUCUACCUCAGGUGGUGGGGGCCAUGGAAUUGCCUUGACUAGUCCAAUCCGGCGUCAUUCCUUAUCAAACAAUCCGAAUUCGCCCCUGAGUGGAAGAGGAUUAAGGGCUUCCAGUGGAGGCAAAGCUUCUUGUUCCAAUACUACUGCGAGGUAUCUUUCUUUCUCUAAAGACAGCACCGAGGAGUUUGUCGCCUACACAGUUCACAUUCCUCCCACCCCUGAUAACCGGAUAAUCGCUGGAUCUCAGAACAGCCCUCUAGACAGAAGCAAAAGCAGGGGAAUUCCUAGUGCAGGCUUCAUCAAAGAUACUAUUUUUACUGGAGGACACAAUUCGGUGACUCGAGCCCACGUCAGGAAAAGCUCCGAGGAAGUUGAGCUACCAAAUGUGAAGACAAAAUCAAAUCUGGUAUGUGAAAUCGAGGGCUGUGAUGAGAAAGCUCUUGAUAGGAAUUCCAAAAUGCAGUGCGACUGUGGUUUCAGGAUUUGCAGGGAUUGCUUCUUUGAUUGCGUUGAAAAUGGAGCCGGAAGAUGCCCCGGUUGCAAAGAGCCUUACAGGGGAGAUGUUAUUGAUGACGAAAUUCAGGAUGAGCCACGGUCCCAACCGCGAAUCAGAGUGGGAAAGAAUUACUCUUUGGUUCAGUCUUUCAAGAAUCCAAACCAUGAUUUUGAUCAUGCACAAUGGCUGUUUGAGACCAAAGGAACUUAUGGGUAUGGAAAUGCGGUUUGGCCUAGAGAUGGAUACGUGUCUGGAAUGGGAACUGAGCGACAUCAAAAUCCUCCUGAUUUCACUGACCGGAGAAACAAGCCCUUAACCAGGAAAGUUGGAAUUUCUGCUGCACUAAUCAGUCCCUACAGAUUACUGAUGGCUCUUCGUCUUGCUGCACUUGCCUGUUUCCUUACAUGGAGGGUGUCACAUCCUAAUCAUGAAGCAAUGUGGUUAUGGAUAAUGUCUGUUGUCUGUGAAUUUUGGUUUGCACUGUCUUGGCUUCUUGAUCAGCUACCUAAGCUUUGCCCUGUGAAAAGGGUGACUGACCUGUCGGUUCUGAAGCAGAGAUUUGAAUCAUCAGAUCCAAACCUCAACAAUCCCAAAGCAUUAUCUGACCUUCCAGGGAUUGAUGUAUUUGUCUCUACAGCUGAUCCAGACAAAGAGCCACCUCUAGUUACUGCAAACACUAUUCUUUCUAUACUUGCAGUUGAUUAUCCGAUGGAGAAGGUGGCAUGUUAUCUAUCUGAUGAUGGAGGUUCUCUGGUGACAUUUGAGGCUCUUGCAGAGGCUGCAAGCUUUUCAAAAUCUUGGGUUCCCUUCUGUAGGAAACACAACAUUGAACCUCGCAAUCCAGAGGCAUACUUUAGUCAGAAGAGUGAUCCUCUCAAGAACAAAGUGAAAAUUGAUUUUGUGAGGGAUAGGAGAAGAGUGAAAAGAGAGUAUGAUGAACUCAAAGUCAGGAUAAAUGCCUUGCCGGAGUCAAUAAGGAGAAGAUCGGAUGCAUACAAUGCUCAAGCAGAGCUAAGGGCUAGGAAGAAACAGCUUGAACUUGGGGACAAUCUUUCAGAAGCCGUUAAGGUCCCAAAGGCUACUUGGAUGUCCGACGGCUCUCAUUGGCCCGGAACAUGGACAUCGGCGGAGGAAGGUCAUUCAAAAGGUGAUCAUGAGGGCAUUAUUCAGAUGAUGUUGAUGCCACCUAAUUCAGAGCCAGUUUUUGGGACUGAAGCUGAUGAGGACAACUUGAUUGAUACAGCAGAAGUUGAUAUCCGGCUGCCAAUGCUGGUUUAUGUCUCUCGUGAGAAGCGGCGUGGUUUUGAACACAACAAGAAAGCUGGAGCCAUGAAUGCUCUAGUCCGUGCCAGUGCAAUUAUGUCCAACGGCCCUUUCAUUCUCAAUUUGGACUGUGACCACUAUAUCUAUAACUCCUUGGCAUUGAGGGAGGGAAUGUGUUUUAUGCUAGACCGAGGUGGUGACAGAAUUUGUUAUGUACAAUUCCCUCAACGAUUUGAGGGGAUUGAUCCAAAUGAUCGGUAUGCAAACCACAACACUGUAUUUUUUGAUGUGAGUAUGAGGGCUUUUGAUGGAUUACAAGGUCCAAUGUAUGUUGGAACAGGCUGCAUUUUCAGGAGAAUUGCUCUGUAUGGUUUUAGUCCACCUAGAGCGACAGAACAUCAUGGAUGGUUUGGAACAAAGAAAAUAAAAACGCUCCUCAGGAGGAAAUCCAAGUCGCCAAAGAAUCAAGAUGAUGUGGAAACGCUUUUACCCAUUUUGGGCGAUGAAAAUGCAGAUGACGAAGCUGCCAAGGCCUUGCUUUCAAAACAAUUUGGAAACUCAGCUUCUCUGAUCGACUCCAUUGCAAUAGCUGAAUUUGGGGGCAGGCUGCUUCAUGAAUUGCGAGGAAAGGGAUGCCUGGGAAGGCCAGCUGGCUCUCUUGCUGUGCAGCGUGAGCCUUUAGAUGCAGCAGCCCUGGCAGAGGCAGUCAGCGUUGUGACAUGCUUCUAUGAGGACAAAACUGAGUGGGGAAAAAGGGUAGGUUGGAUAUAUGGUUCUGUAACUGAAGAUGUUGUCACAGGUUAUCGAAUGCACAAUAGAGGUUGGAGAUCAGUUUACUGCAUCACAAAAAGAGAUGCUUUCAGAGGGACGGCCCCAAUCAAUUUGACAGAUAGGCUCAUCCAAGUGCUCAGGUGGGCAACAGGUUCUGUUGAAAUCUUCUUUUCUCGAAACAAUGCCUUAUUUGCAAGUCCUAGGAUGAAGUUUUUGCAAAGGGUGGCGUAUUUCAAUGUCGGAAUGUACCCUUUCACAUCUGUGUUCCUCCUUGUUUACUGUCUUUUGCCAGCACUGUCGUUGUUCUCUGGAAAGUUCAUUGUGCAGUCACUUAAUGUCACGUUUCUAGUGUUCUUGCUGGCCAUCACUCUCACCUUGUGCAUGCUUGCACUGCUCGAGAUUAAAUGGUCAGGCAUCACUCUCCAUGAUUGGUGGCGGAAUGAGCAAUUUUGGCUAAUCGGAGGAACCAGCGCACAUCCUUCAGCUGUGGUGCAAGGACUGCUGAAGGUGAUAGCUGGAAUUGAUAUCUCAUUCACCUUGACAUCUAAAUCAGCAGCACCUGAUGAUGAAGAUGAUGAGUUCGCUGAGCUGUAUGAGUUUAGGUGGACUGUUCUGAUGGUUCCACCAAUCACAAUAAUAUUGAUUAACAUGAUAGCAAUCGCGGUGGCAGUAUCCAGGACCCUGUACAGUCCUUUCCCGGAGUGGAGCAAGCUCCUUGGAGGUGUUUUCUUCAGCAUCUGGGUGCUGUCUCAUCUAUAUCCUUUCGCAAAGGGGUUGAUGGGAAGAAAGGGGAAGAUUCCAACCAUUGUAUAUUUAUGGUCUGGACUGAUAUGUAUUGUUCUUUCGUUGAUUGCUGUGUACUUGUAUCCUCCUUCCGGGGAACAAAGAAGCUUCCAGUUUGAGUUUCCCUAGAGAGAGAGGAGAAGCAGAGUUGCCAAUGUUCCUCGGCAGCUACUCAAUUUGCCAUCGUUAUUCAGGCCAAACAAUAGUGUAAAGAAAGUGCAUCUCAAUUUCGUGCAUUACUCUCUCCUCACUGUUGUGUUUUUUCAUAUGCUUUAGGAUAUUCUUGAAUUUGAUUUGUAGAAUAUAGACGACCUCAGUUUUGAAUGGUGUUUUGCCAACUAUGAUACUGCAACCCAGUUAUUAAGUUGUUUGAUACUGCAUUCUAUAUAGAAUAAUAUAGCAAGGCAGUAGCAGGCAA